AUGUCCCCUCUCAGGACCCGAUUCGAGAGCCGUCUGCAGGGCAAGCUCCUGGUGAAUCUUAUCACCGUGGUCUGCUCCGUUGCCUUCUCUCUCUUUGGCUACGACCAAGGCGUCAUGCCCAACUUGAUAGGUACCAACAACCAUUUUGGCAAGACCUUCAACCACUCGGACGCCGGCCUGCAGGGCACAAUCAUGACCGUAUAUGAGCUCACAGCGUUCAUCGGCAGCAUCACCGUCAUCUUCGUGGGUGACUGGCUCGGCCAGCGAGGGACUCAACUGUGGCAUCUACAUGCACUCCCCGGGGUCAUCAUCCAAUGCUCGUCCAGACCAGGAGAGACUGCUGUGUAUUUGGCGAACAAGAGAUCACCGACACUGACAGUACCUUCCUUGGGAGUCAGUUGGUGGCCAGUUACAUAUGCCGAUUAUGGCUCUACUGUCUACUGUCAUCGGAAAGGGAACCCCGUCGGGACCGCGGAAGAAGUCCUCUGCGAAGUGCAGAUAUACCAAAUCUUGUGGACAGCUCAAUAUUCUGUGGCGCCCGUCUUCCUCGGUGUAAUCAAUUUGGCAAAAAGUUUUAUUUCCCUGAUGAUGCUGGAGAGAUUCGCCACAUGUUAA